AGACUCAGACUUGGGUAAUGCCGCUUCAUUCCAGUGGUUGAUCAGGACUUCUUUGUUGUCGCAACAUUGCCCCUGGUUAUCUCGUUCAAGUUGAGGCCUUUGAACCCUGUUGAUGGGGUAUCCUUGAGCCUCAUUUGCCAGGUCCGCGCCCGUAUCUAUUGACUACAACCUGUCAAAGCUGCCAAAUGCCAGCCAAAUCUGCAACUAUUCUCACGAUGUCUUGGUCAAGGGUAACAUGUUGGGCACUCGCUGCAAGUGUAGCUUCGCUCGCCAGCGCACAAUACUCAGGAUGGAUAGACAAUCAGGUCAAUGCUACGAUGUGCUCGUGGCAGAACCCACGAGUGGCUGUAAUGCGCGACACUGCUUACAUUGAUGGAGGAUGGAUAUGGUGGACGCCGGGUCUUGCUGAUGGGACUCCUGGUCCUGCUAGACUCGAUGGCAACCCAUCCGGUAAUCUAUUCCUGCUAAACUUUAGCAAGCCAUUCAAUACUUCAGGGAAUGCUAGUGAAGCUUUCGACUUACUGCCCAAGGGGUACAAUGGGCUUUCGUUUAACAAUCUGGCCCCCAACUAUUUCGAUGGUGCUUUGCUUGGGAAUGACAAUGAGUUCUUCAUGUACGGCGGACUCUUGACGGAGACCGCUGCUUUCUCCUCCACUCCAGGCGCCGAAUCAAUUCUGGGUUACCAUAAAUAUCAAUACGGCGCGCAAAAGCCACAGUUUAGUGAGGGAUUCUUAGGCGUAAACCUGCCCGACGGCAACCUUACACGAUAUUCGGCAUUUGGUGGAGCCGCAAAUGCACCCUCGGAGAACAAGGCCUACUAUUUCAGCGGAUUGCACUCACCCCUUUGGGGGGAGUUAUAUAUACAGAAUAGCAACGCCUCAGUGAGCGCGAUCAAUACCUCGGAUAGCCUCAUCACUCUGGAUAUGACCAACCAAGGGUCAGAGACAUGGAGUAACAUAACUUUGCCGGACAGUGUCAAGGGUCGUGGUGGAGCCGAUCUGGUCUGGGUUCCAGUCGGAGAGCAAGGCAUAUUGGUCUCACUCGGAGGCGUGACCAACCCAGAUUUUAGCAGUCCUACAUUGCAAUCAUUGAACCUAGGACAAAGUGUAUCUGAUAGCCCCGCCUUCAUGUCAGAUAUAGACAUUUACGAUAUCGCUGGCAAUCAAUGGUAUAAGCAGCAGACCAUCGCUGGGCCAUCUCAGCUUGCUCUAGGAUGCGCCGUGGUUGCCGUUGCCCAAGAUGCCUCGAGCUACAACAUAUACUACUAUGGUGGUUAUGACGGUGUACACUCUACAGACUCUUUCAACGAUGAUGUCUGGAUCCUGUCACUCCCAUCAUUCAUGUGGAUGAAAGUCUCAUCCGGGAAGGCAGACCAUGCACGAGCGGGACACAGAUGCGUGAAGCCGUACCCCGACCAGAUGAUCGUGAUCGGCGGCUACACAUCGUUACAAGGAAGUAAUCUGAACUGUGUCGAAGGCGGAGUCCUCCAGAUUUUCAACCUCACCGAGGGCAAAUGGAUGGAGACCUACGACCCUGAAGUUUACAGCGAUUACGGAGUCCCGGAGAUGAUUCAUCUUAUGAUUGGUGGUGAUGCAGCCGGUGGUGCGACGAUGACUGUGCCUACGCCAACAGGCUGGGCGACUCCGGCUCUCUCCAAGGUAUUCGAGAACAAGUAUCCGACGUCCAAGAUCAUCAAUUACUACCCGUACGCUCCCGAAGGUGGAUCUGGCUCGAGAGAAAAUGUUCCCGGGGGCAGCAGCGUUCCUUCAUGGCUUGCGCCUGUGCUGGGCGUCGUUCUUGGCCUGGUAUUCAUUUCCGCGAUUGUCGUCGCUAUCCUGCUUUACCGCCGCCGCAAGUUCCUGGGGCGAGGCCGUGCCAGUGAGGGCCCUACUGAGGAGAACGGAAACCGUAUUCUUUCAUGGAUGCGUGGACAGGAUGUUACCAGCCACAAAGCCCAGACCGUUACUAGCGACACGAUGGACGAGAUUGAGAGGUCAGUUGGCGCUCAAACUCCUUACCAGGCACAAGCUCGACCCGAGAUGGUUCAGCAAAACUCCCAGCUAUCAGAGAUGCCCUACACGCCCUUGUUUGAGAUGAUGGGUAAGCUUCUUCUCGACCUUGAUCCCCAUCACGUCCAAAUACUAACUCUUUCCAUAGACACAUCUCCGCGCGCAGAGCUAGAAAACACCGGUCUAACACCCGUUGACAUAAUCAACAAGCACACACAUUUUGCCCGAAGCCCACACUCGGUGAGCACUCCAACCAACCCCUCGUCCUUCUCCAACUCCAACUAUGCCGUAUCCGGCGACCACGCCUCUAUAUCCACAAACUCCCAAUCACGCUUCAACGCACCAAUCUCCAACACAGCGCGGCCAGACUCGCCAGCGUUGGGCAGCAACAACAACGUGACAGUCCAAGGACCGACACUACCAAACAUACCGCCCGCAGACCACAGGAUCGUCUCGGGUCUGAGCAAUAUCAGCCAGGGCGAGCGCGCGCACUUGCGGAAUAUUAGCGACGCGACUGUGAGUACAGCGACGGAUGUCGAUUUCGCCGGACAACCAGUAGAUACCGCUCCUGCAGCAGCGCCCAUAACGCCGAUCGCGGGGUCCGCGGUGCCGAUGACGCCGCCGGGACCCGUGAGCCCGCCGACUGCUGGGGCGGAUGAGAGGACGGACUAUUUCCAGGGUAUCGGGUCGACGUUAUCGACUUCGAACAACAAUAACAAUAACAACAAUUCUGGCGCCUCGCAGCUGAGGAAGAGCGUGUUCGUCGAGAGCCAGGAUGAUCUGCGGGAUGAUAAGGGGAAGAGGUGAUGUCGGAUAAUGAAAGUGAUUAGAUACCAUUUGGGGCCGUGAAGAAUAUCAGAGCGAGUGAAGAUCUCUUAUGUAUAUAUAGGUUUCGAUUUCCCUGUAAAGAGCGCAUGCACAUGGUAGGGCGAUCCAAUGAUCUUCUCCUCUUGGAUAAUGAAUAAUUCGGCAUUUUCGCAUCGGAUCUCAUCUUUUGGUCAGUGUCCUCUUGUGCUAAGUGCACGGAGGUCUCCUGGGCUUCGAACAGAGUUAAUGGAAAAACAACCCUGUGACACGACGAAACCGAUGUUAAACUCGUGAGCUCAAGAGGAAAGCACAGCAGCCAUCUUGG